AUGAAAUCUUUGUCGAAGGAGGAAAUAAAUGAAGUAAUACUCCAGACAAGUGGAACCUUAGGCGUUGCCCGAGCCAUCAACGAAGGCCUUAUCAAGCGCGAGGACCUAUUUAUCGUCUCGAAGCUCAGGAACAAAUUCCACGACACCGACAAAGUCGAGCCCAUCACCCGGCGCCAGCUCCAAGAUUGGAAGAUCGACUACUUCGACCUCUUCCUAAUGCACUUCCCCAUCUCGCUCGAGUACGUCGACAUGGCUGUUCAAUACCCUCCUCCGACGGACCCGAAUUCCCGCCCGGCCGCGCCUCGCAACUUCAAUGGCGGGUUGAUUCUGGAUAUGCUGAAAUAUGCGAAUAUCCGCUCUGCUACCCUGCAGAUUGAGCACCACCCCUACCUGACGCAGGAGCAGCUUGUGAACUGGGUUCAGGGCUUGUCGAAGAAUUAUGGAAAGAGGCCUGCUCAGAUUGUACUGCGCUGGGCUACCCAGCGCGGGAUCGCUGUGGUUCCGAAGAGUGGGAACCCUCAGCGUCUGGCUCAGAGCCUUUCUGUGACGGAUUUCGACCUGGGUGCGGGAGAUUUACAAAGCAUCAGCGCGAUGAACCGCAAUCUUCGAUUCAAUGAUCCCAUGAAGUUCGGAGAGCCGCACCCCAUUUUCUUCUGA